UCGUGUGGUUGGUUCUCUCAUGUGUAGUAUUGGAAAGAGGACUCCCUGCUAGUGGCCGGAGGCAAGAGUAGACUAAGAUUUGAGGUUUUUUCUCCAAGUUAUUGUCAAAUCUAUGGAGCUGGGUUCAAUUUGGGUGAUCCCAAUGUGCAUAGUACUGGGCGUUUUAGCUCUGAAAUGGAUUCUACAGGGAGCUAAUGGGUGGCUCUAUGAAACCAAACUGGGUGAAAUUCAGUAUUCACUGCCUCCAGGUGACUUGGGUUGGCCAUUCAUUGGCAAUAUGUGGUCAUUUCUCAGAGCUUUCAAGUCAACUGACCCUGAUUCUUUCAUGCGCACCUUUACCACUAGAUAUGGACGUACUGGAAUCUACAAGGCCUUCAUGUUUGGGAAGCCUAGUGUGUUCGUGACAUCGCCGGAAACGUGCAGAAGAGUACUAACUGAUGAUGAUGCAUUUCAGCCUGGCUGGCCUAAAUCCACAAUGGAGCUCAUUGGAAACAAAUCCUUCCUAGCUAUUUCUCUUGAAGAACACAAGAUUCUCCGGCGGCUCACUGCCUCUCCUGUCAAUGGUCAUGAAGCUCUGUCUCUGUAUGUGAACUACAUCGAAGAAAUUGUUAUAUCUGCCUUGGAAAAAUGGUCCACUAUGGGAGAGAUUGAGUUCUUGACUCAACUCAGGAAACUUACUUUCAGAAUCAUUAUGUAUAUCUUCCUUGGCUCUGAGAGCGAGCUAGUCGAGGAGAGUUUGCAGAAGGAAUUUACAGCACUUAACUAUGGGGUUAGAUCCAUGGCAAUCAAUCUUCCAGGAUUUGCAUACCAUAAAGCACUCAAGGCUCGCAAAAACCUUGUGGCUACAUUACAAUCUGCAAUAGAUAAGCGCAGAAAUCAAAGGAAGGAAAAUAUUUCAUCAAAGAAGAAAGAUAUGAUGGAUGCUCUGAUUGAUGUUGAAGAUGAAACUGGUAGAAAAUUGAUUGAUGAAGAAAUCAUUGAUGUUCUGUUGACGUACUUGAAUGCAGGCCAUGAAUCUUCUGGCCAUAUCACUAUGUGGGCUACUGUUUUGCUUCAGCAGCACCCAGAAUUUCUCCAGAAGGCCAAGGAAGAGCAGGAGGAGAUCAUAAGAAGGAGGCUACCAACACAAAAGGGAUUGACACUUAAAGAAGUUCGAGAGAUGACAUAUCUUUCCAAGGUGAUUGAUGAAACACUUCGUUUGAUAACAUUCUCUCUUGUGGUUUUCCGAGAGGCAAAAUCAGAUGUCAAUAUAAAUGGGUAUGUCAUCCCCAAGGGUUGGAAGGUUCUGGUGUGGUUCAGAAGUGUUCACUUGGAUCAUGAAAUCUAUCCAAAUCCAAAGGAAUUUAAUCCUUCAAGAUGGGAUAAUCAUGCACCCAAAGCAGGAACUUUCCUUCCCUUUGGAACAGGAAGUAGGCUGUGCCCUGGAAAAGAUUUAGCAAAGCUUGAAAUCUCUAUUUUUCUGCAUCAUUUUCUCGUUAAUUAUGAGCUUGAAAGACUCAAUCCUGGAAGUUCAUCGUUGUAUUUACCUCAUUCAAGACCAAAAGACAAUUGCAUGGCAAAAAUCAAGAAAACUCCAUAUUCACUUGUGAAGAAACAGAUGUGAUUAAACAAAGCAAAUGCAAGACAACCAAACAUGCUUACACUGUUGGUUGCUUAUAUUGUUUUUUUCAACAUAUCUCCAUCUUGAAUAUAAUAAAUGGUUAAGAGCCUCCUAUUCUAUUUCAGAGUUUAACCUUAUUCUGAUGUGGCUUGAAGUCUUGACAGGUUUUCAUGAGCUUAAAUGAUAACUUGACUCAAAGCAUGUGAAUCUCACUCCUCGUUAACAGCUU